UUCGAAUCAAAGAACAGUUACUGUCAGCUUGGGACGCUUGACCGGAGAACGGCUUGUUUGUAAAUAAAUUGUACCGUUUUAGUUACUUUUGAUCUCACUUUUGUUGCAUUCUGUUUUAUAACAUUAGUUUAGCGAACAUUUUAGUAUUAUGUUGCACUACUCUCAAAUUAUAUUUUUAAUGGUAAUAAUCCCUGCGAAGAUUUAUAGCAACGAUGUAUGUGUUCAACAAGAAACGUGUUCAACCGAACAAACCAAGGAAGAAACACCUGUGAAUCUAUACAAUCCAUCUCACAACAAGUACUUCCAGUUAAUAGAAAAGGCCCUUGCUGACUACAAACCGUGUCAGUCUAUCAACUGUUCCUGUAACUUGGACGUACUUAAAGACGAUCUGCGACCGUUCAAAUCUGGUAUCACACGACAGAUGAUUGAGCAAGCCGGCUCAUACGGUACAAAAUACCAAAUAAUAGACAACAGGUUGUACCGACAGAAGGAUUGCAUGUUCCCUGCUCGCUGUUCAGGAGUAGAACACUUCAUCAAACCAAAUUUACCGACACUUCCAAACAUGGAUCUGAUAAUCAAUUGUCGUGAUUGGCCACAGAUUCACCGGAACUGGGGGCACAGAGAAAAGCUUGCAGUAUUAUCUUUUAGUAAAACUGAUGACUACCUAGACAUCAUGUAUCCAACAUGGGCUUUUUGGGAAGGUGGUCCAGCUAUUUCACUGUACCCGACGGGACUUGGACGAUGGGAUCAACAUAGAAGUUCGAUAAGGAAAUCUGCUAAACAAUGGUCGUGGAAAAACAAGAAAAGUAAAGCUUUCUUCCGUGGUUCUCGGACAUCAGAUGAACGGGACGCAUUGGUCCUCUUGUCACGAGCAAGACCAGAUCUGGUCGACGCACAAUAUACCAAGAAUCAGGCCUGGAAAUCGCCUAAAGACACACUGAAUGCAGAGCCUGCUGAAGAGGUUCGGUUAGAGGAUCAUUGCCAGUAUCGGUAUCUGUUCAACUUCAGGGGAGUGGCAGCAAGCUUUCGUUUCAAGCAUUUAUUCCUUUGUCAAUCUCUAGUUUUUCAUGUGGGUGACGAAUGGAAAGAGUUUUUCUAUCACUCCUUGAAACCAUGGGUUCACUAUGUGCCUGUUAAGGUCAAUGCCGGCCAGAAAGAAUUAGAAGAGCUGAUACUGUUUUUCCGAGAACAUGAACAGCUGGCAAACGAAAUUGCUGACCGUGGUUACCAGCAUAUUUGGAAUCACUUGCGAAUGAAGGACGUCGAGUGCUACUGGAGAAGGCUACUAAAGAGAUACGGAAAGUUGAUUGAUUAUGAGGUGCAGCGGGAUUACAGUUUGAUUGAAAUAUUUUAACGAGUUGUUUUAUUUUGUACGUUCAACGUUAGACUGUGUUUCACUACAUGCUUCUGUGCAUUCAUGAGCUGAAUUUACGAUCUCUCGUUGAAAUAAAUAUAUGAGUAGCAAUGUAAUGAUAAGAGUUUUAGGGAUGUUCACUUCUUUCGCGCAAUUAAUGGGAUAAACUAAUAAUAAUUCGAUGACAAUGCAACCACAAUAAUGCUUCAAUCGUUGAAAGAGUUGACUGUGAAUAAAGAAUGUUUAGUAAAAGUUGGGUUGGGUGAAAUUGCAAAUCAAAAAAUAUAUAAAUAUAUUUUCCUCUCACAA